AUGACUACGAGAGCUCCCCUCGCGGCUAGAAGCCGCAUGGACUACGGUGUUGCCCUUGGACAUGCACGAUGCAAUGAGAUUAUGGCAGAAAGACGCGCAAGUGCGUCUGGAGAUGAGAUUCUCACCAUCAAUAACCCUCGAGUCCGUUGGCGCGUUGUUGUCUCAUCUAAGAGCCCUACUGCUAGUCCGCCUCAGCAAACCAGUUCUGCGUCAGCAACCUCCCAGGGAGGCGCGGAGUUUCCGCCCUCUGUGAAGGAAGAGAUAGCGGCCAUUGACAAGUUCACUGCCAUCCAGGGCCUGGAUGAUGAGGACAGCAACUAG